AUGGGGUAUUGGUUGGUGUUCAUGUUGUCCAUCUAUCCGGUUGCGGUCUCGUCAGAGGGUUGCAAGUUCCCGACCAGAUGGGAGGGCGUGUGGUUCCAGUCCGGUAUCCGGCAGUCGAUUGUCGUGCAGGCCAACCGGUUCAGUAUCAAAGGCAAGUGCGUGGACUCAGACGGUGACAGGUUUCUACUAUCUGACGAGAAAAAGCCGUGUUACCGGUGCGUGGUCAUUCACGAGAAACAUCACAACGUUCUCCAGUACAAAGAGACAUUUUGCAACGAAAUGGGCACGCUGAAAACCAUCUGCCCACUGAUUACCGGCGACGCUCUCCUUUACUCCAUGUUUCGGGAGUCCGGGAAUCCCAUGCAGUGCCCGUUCAAGCCACCGUAUACGUUCACAUACAACCGCGGUCAUGGUGACUGUAGGAAUCCCGUUUCCACGGUAGAGGCUUGUACCCAGGACUCGAGGCUGUUGAUCCGGUAUCAGGCUUGUCCGGAUGUCGAAGGGUCGGAAAGCGCACUCGAAGAAGUUGAAUGCAUUGCCGGUUGGAAAGAGGGUUCGUACCGGUUUCUUGUGGGUAGGGUUCACCAUAGCAACGGUAUACCAAUGUCAACAGAAGACCGGUUCAAGUGUUUCAUUUACGAGCGAACGACAUCUCAAAGACAACUGAAAGGUUCUGGUGCUUCCGGAGACGUCGAGUACAGAGUGGCACAGUCCGGCGACGCCACAUGCAGUGGCCUUUUCAGUCCUCUCGAAGGGUCCAGGACUAUGAUAUUGAAAAAAGAGACUUUUGAGACGAAAUGCAGCUUCCCGUUGUGGCUGACCGAAAACCAGAGAUGGCGGACGUUGGAUCAUGGUAAAACGUUCACUUUCCUCCAUCACCACAACAACAAUACGUUGAAGCUGGUGUCCAGCUCGUUAGAUCGUGUGUUCGCCGCGCAGACUAUACAGGCUUCACACCAGUUCUUUUACAAUCAGCCGUUGGUGGCACCUCUGCCCGGACACGAGAUGAAAUUCUCCUGUCAGCAGGAAAUGGAGGAGAUACCUCACAGGUUCAGGGUGAUGGCGCACUACGUUACUGGAUGCCAAAGCGGAUACAUUUGUUUGGACUUCCACCGUAGGGCGCACGACUUGGCAGAACUUCAAAUGGGUCAGCCGAGCAGGAGACCGGAAGACGCGUGUAACUCCCCCAACUUUGAUGCGCACGCUACGGAUUCAAUUACGCUAGUGGCUUCCAAGUCAGACUUUCGAAAUUGCCCUUAUAAAGGAAUUUACACGAUAAAAAAAGUCAGCAAAAGUAUUUCAUGGAACGAUGUAUCUUCGAUUUUACUGAGUAACACAAAUCUAAAUUUACCGGUGGACUUGUUAACUUCCGACAAUCAUCCAUCUAUUGUGUUAACUACGACGUCACCACCUUCGCCCAAACGUCACUCCUCCGAACACUACGAGAAAUCAUCGGACGAUUGGAGUGUGACGUACAAGAAGUUACAGCCUGACUUGCCAAGUCUGGUGAGGUCCAGAAAGAACAUUAGCAAGGAAUUCGAGAGGCAAUCGGAGUACGACGACGACGACGAGGUGAUAUUGCGCAGAGUCAAAAGGAAAGGCCGACGGAUUUUGAGCAGUAAAACAGUCGCCAGCGAGGAAUGCAAGUUGAACUUGACUUCGAUUGUGUUUUCUUGUGGAUCUGCUGACUCGAUAGAACUAGUGGCAGAAUGUCCUCGAUUAUCACACAUACGAUCAGCCUACAAGUGUCACGGUGGCUGGAAAGAUAACGACACGAUGCACCAGAUAAUCAGCAGUAACUUGCCGUCGGCGGCCGGCUGGAAGAAGCUGUACUGUCUUGCAUACGUCAAAUGGCCUCCGGACCGUCUGCAAGUGUUCGUGUACGCGGAUAACUGCAACCCCAACAAUAACCGCACCACGGCCACUGGGUCCGACGAAGGGCUCGUCUUGUCAUUUAACAUUUCGCUAUCGCCAUCCGGCGAAAAGCCGUGUAACGAGGUCAACGAGUCGACUGUCGUCGGGGCCACCUUGACCAUGGUAGUGGUCGCCGUCAGUCUUCUCUUCCUGCGGCAGACGGCCGCCAGAUGA